GUAAUUUAGUGGAAGAGUUUGCUGCUGGUCGCCCCGGGAAACGUGUAGGAUUGAGGAAAGAAGAGAGAGACAGUCUGAAACCAAGUAUCCAGAAUGUCUUCAUGCACACCAAUCAUCAAAUGGAGUACAGCCAGGGGAGAGUUCUACUGGUGUUCUACAUGUGACACGGCAUACAGGGAUAGGGAGGGCAUCGUAGAACACACCAUGACCCACACCAAAGGGGUAGAGUCCCACACAUGCUUCGAGUGUCUCAAGAAUUUCUCUGAUAGAAAGGACUUUCAGGCACACAUGCCUAGGUGUAGUAUUACAGUCCCUUCACCCAUGCUUGAUCUCAGUGGUUCUGGGGCUCAAGGGUUCCACUAAAUUUAUUGGAUGUAAAAUAGAAUUAG